AAUCAAGAUUAAACAACCUACAAAUUUACAAAAUCUCCCUCAUUUUCUUCACAUUUGAUAAAGCCUAUUGUUUUUUCCCCUCCUCUUAGUCUUCUCUCCAUUCCAUUCGAAAAUAUAAACUCAAUCUUCCUCUUCAUUCUUGUAUAAAUUUCAUUAAUCAUAUAAACCCCAAAUCAAAUUUCCAAUCUAUUGUUUAACAAUAACACCCAUUCUCUUCUGGGUUUUCUAAUAAAUUUUCUGGGUUUCCAUAAAAAAAAAAUAAUAAUAACAAUUUUUUCAUUAAUUUCCCCUAUUUUUUCUGAUUUCUGUUAAGUCCUACCAAAACCCUUGAUUUACUAUUAUACACUAUAUUUUUUAAUCUUCAUUUUGGUAAUAAUAGAUAAUUAAUUUUUAAAAUUGGUAUCUCACCGAAGUAUUGAUUUUUGGUACAUUUAAUUAAUUAAUUAAAAUUAAUUAAUUUUUGUUCUUCCCCAUUAAACCCACUAUCCCCAUAACCCCAUUUUAAUGGGGAAAUAGAGAGAAUAAAUCCCAGAAUUUUCGCUGACCCAUGACCCAUUCACACUUUCCCUUAUAUGCCGUUCCUUUGCAAACGUUUUUCCUCAUUUUCCCAGCUGUUUUUUUCUUUUUUUGAUUUUCCUAUACUAUAUAGCAGUUUUCAUUUGAUAUUACAAUACUUUUAUAUGUUCACACACAAAUCAAUAUAAUUGUGAUUCAAUUUUAUCCUUGAAAAUCUAUUCUUUUUAAGGUAAGAAAGAAAGGAAGGAUCUUGAUUAAUACCCACAAGAUAAAAACCAUUAAUUUUCAAUGGAAAAUUUGUGGGUAUUUCUUGUAAGUUGGUUGAUUCUUGGGUUUUCAUUAUGGGGUUAUGACGUUGAAGGACUUGGAGUGAAUUGGGGAACACAAGCUAUUCAUAGAUUGGCGCCAAAUACAGUGGUACAAAUGUUUAAGGAUAAUGGGAUUAAAAAGGUGAAGUUGUUUGAUGCAGAUGAGUCUACUUUGAGUGCUUUUAGUGGUACUGAUAUUGAAGUUAUGGUUGCCAUUCCUAAUGGUGAUUUGUCUGCCAUGCUUGAUUAUAAGAGAGCUCAGAGAUGGGUUGAAAAGAAUGUCACUCGUUAUAAUUUCGAAGGAGGAGUUAACAUCAAAUAUGUGGCGGUAGGGAAUGAACCUUUUCUCAAAUCCUACAAUGGCACAUUUGAGAAUGCUACUUUGCCAGCCCUUAAAAACAUCCAAAAUGCUCUCAACGAAGCUGGGGUAGGAAACACUGUCAAGGCAACAGUGCCUUUAAACGCUGAUGUCUACGAGUCACCAUCAGGCAGCAAUGUACCUUCGUCUGGAAGAUUCAGAACAGACGUUGCUGACCUAAUGACACAGAUGGUUCAGUUCUUGAGCCUAAACAAUGCACCUUUCACUGUCAAUAUCUAUCCGUUUCUGAGUUUAUAUGGAAACCCUGGUUUCCCAGUCGAUUAUGCGUUUUUUGACGGGGGUGCUGCUCCUAUAGUAGAUAACGGGAUCCAAUACACAAACGUUUUUGAUGCCAACUUUGAUACAUUGGUUUCAGCCUUGAAAGCAGCAGGGUUUGGGAACUUGCCGAUUAUUGUUGGGGAGGUCGGUUGGCCCACGGAUGGUGAUGUUAAUGCUAACAUUAACAAUGCUAUCAGAUUUUACCGCGGCCUUCUGCCUAGAAUUGCAGCUAAUGUAGGCACUCCUUUGAGGCCCGGAAGCAUAGAGAUGUACUUGUUUGGGCUCCUUGACGAGGAUGCCAAAACUGUUGCUCCUGGUAACUUCGAGAGGCAUUGGGGAAUUUUUCGGUAUGAUGGACUGCCGAAAUUUCCCAUGGAUCUUUCGGGCCAAAACCGGGAUAUCUAUCUUGUGGGUGCAAAGAACGUUAAAUAUCUCCAAAAUCAAUGGUGUGAAUUCAACCCGAAUGCCAAAAAUCUGGACAAGUUGGCUGAUAACAUCAAUUUUGCAUGCACUUUUGCUGAUUGUACGCCUCUCGGGUAUGGCUCCUCUUGUCAAGGGUUGGAUGCGAAUCAGAACGCUUCAUUCGCGUUUAAUGUGUACUUUCAGACACAGAAACAGAAUCUCGCCGCCUGCGAUUUCCAAGGUUUGGCUAGGUUAGCACUGCAUAAUAUAUCUACACCAACUUGCAAUUUUACCAUCCAGAUUACUUCAUCUGGUCUGAAGACUGCUGUACCUGUGGCUCUUUCUUUGAUUGCUGCAAUUGUGUACCUACACUUUUGAGCUGGAUUUUGUGGAAAAAUUGUUUUUUUUAUUCUUUUGAUUUCGAUUUAAUAUAUUUGAUCAUUUUCUUUCUGUAUAAAGAUUUUGAUUUUAGAACAGAACAACAUAGAUUACUUUUUUGAGUAUUUAAUUGAUUUAAUUGAUACGAUUAUCAGUAGCAAAGUUCUUUAAUAGUGUGCUUAAUCAUAUAUUGGUAAUUCUUUGUUAAAAGCUAUAUCCAGAAUCCAGAUAGAUACAUU